CAUAAAAGACACGAGAUCGGAUCGGUUCACACAACACUGAGAAAUUGAAAGAUCGUCGACUUCCCAAAAAUCGUCUCACUUUCUCUCUUCAAUGGCGGAAGGUGGAGGCGGCGACUCUCCAGCUCCACCAUCAGGAAACAACGGCGGAGGAGAGUUUCUACUCUCUCUUCUACACAGAAGACCUCACCAGCAGAGUCCACCGAUCAGACCACCAGCUCCUCCUCCUCCUUCACAGUCGUUCACUCUCGAUCCAGCAAUCGCAGCCGUUGGUCCCACCCUGAAUUCGAAUUGGGCUUCUAACGGUACUCCUCCUUGGCCGCACGCCUCAUCGCCUCCCAAUCUCUUAGGGUUUCCUCAAUUUCAAGAAAACCCUUUUCCGUCGAACCAAUUCGAUGGUAAUCAGAGGUUAUCAGGAGAAGAUGCUUAUAGAUUAGGGUUUAAUGGAGCUGGUAUUCAUCACUCGAUGGUGCAGCAGCAGCCGCAAAGGCUUGUGUUUGGUUCUUUCUCUGGAGAUGCGACUCAAAGUGGGUUUCUCAACGGGAGCUUGAAUUCUAGUAAAGAUCCAAACUUUUCUCAUCCUGGGAGCAUUGGAAGAGGAAACUGGGGUCCCAUUGGGAAUAACGGUAGAGGUGCCAAGUCUACUCCUCCUCCUCCUGGAUUCUCGAGUAAUCAACGAGCAUGGGAUAGAGAUUUGUUAACUAGGGAUGCUGAUAGAGGGAUGCUGAUGGGUAGAGGGAUGAUGGGUAAUCAUGAUGAUAGAGGGAUGAUGAAUAGUUUCCAGAGGAAUCAUGAUGAUAGAGGGAUGAUGGGUGGUUUCCAGAGAAUUUAUGAUGGUAGAGGGAUGAUGGGUAGUUCUCAGAGGAGUCAUGAUAAUGCAAAGGGAGAGCAUCAUAAUGCAUGGGAUAAAAGUGCUGUUGAUUUGAGUGCUGAGAAUGAUAGAUUAAGGAGAUUAUCUAUCCAGGACGAGGGAAGGUUCAAUCUUACUCAGCAGGUUGAUCAUCCUGGACCACCUAUGGGUAAAAGUCUUCAUUCUGUAUCGGCAGCUGAUGCUCAGGAUUCGUUUUCGAUGCUGAACAAGGAAGCUCGUGGUGGAGGUCAGUACAGAGAGGAACUGGGACAGUUAAGUAAGGGAAAGAGAGAAGGCAAUGUAGAGUUUGGCGCUGCUGAGGGUGAAACUGAGGGUUUUGGAGAAGAUAUUGUCGAGUCUGUUUUGCUUGAAGAUGAAACUGACGACAAGGAUGCCAAAGAUGAGAAGAAAACUAGCCGGACUUCUCGCGAGAAGGAAUCGAGAAUGGACACUCGGGGUCAGUGGCUACUCGGCCAAAGGUUAAGAAUGGUAAAAAGGUAUAUGGCAUGUCGAAACGACAUCCACAGGCAUGAUGCACCUUUCAUUGCUGUCUACAAGUCCCUUAUUCCUGCAGAAGAGGAGCUGGAGAAGCAGAAACAGCUAAUGGCCAAGCUAGACAAUCUAGUCGCCAAAGAAUGGCCUAACGCAAAGCUAUAUCUCUACGGGUCAUGUGCCAACUCCUUUGGUUUUCCAAAGAGCGACAUCGAUGUUUGCCUUGCUAUCGAUGAUGAUGAUGUCAACAAAUCAGAGAUUUUGUUAAAGCUGGCGGAUAGUUUGGAAUCAGAUCAUUUCCAGAAUGUUCAGGCACUGACACGAGCUAGAGUUCCAAUAGUAAAACUUAUGGAUCCUGUCACUGGGAUAUCGUGUGAUAUAUGUAUCAAUAACGUGCUAGCUGUUGUGAACACAAAGCUCCUGCGGGACUACUCGAUGAUAGAUGGCCGUUUAAGGCAAUUAGCUUUCAUUGUCAAACACUGGGCGAAAUCGAGAAAGGUUAAUGAAACUUAUCAAGGAACACUCUCCAGCUAUGCGUACGUUCUUAUGUGCAUUCAUUACUUACAACAACGUAGCCCGCCAAUUCUUCCUUGCUUACAGGAGAUGGAGCCGACAUACUCAGUUCAGGUUGAUAACAUCCGGUGCGCAUACUUUGAUAACGUUGGAAGACUCAGUACAUUCGGAUCAAGUAACAGGGAGACCAUAGCCGAGCUGGUGUGGGGAUUUUUCAACUACUGGGCUUACGGGCAUGACUAUGCCAAUACCGUUGUAUCUGUCCGCACUGGUUCCAUACUUGGGAAGCGAGAGAAGGACUGGACGAGAAGAGUUGGGAACGAUAGGCAUUUGAUAUGCAUAGAGGAUCCGUUUGAGACGAGCCAUGAUCUGGGUCGGGUUGUGGAUAAGUUUAGUAUCAGAGUGUUGAGGGAAGAGUUCGAGCGAGCUGCUAAGAUUAUGCAUCAGGAUCCUAAUCCAUGUGCCAAGCUUUUCGAACCAUAUGUUCCUGGAGAUGAUAAUGGUAAUGGCCAAGGUCAUAAUUAAGUUUUAGAAAUUGAAUCAGGUUCGUGUGGCUUGUAUAUAUUUAUGUUUAGAUUCACUCUCUCCACUUUGUUUUUUUGGUUGUUUUGGAUUGUUGCUUGUGACCUUAUCAAUAUUAUUUGUUUGAUUAUA